AAAUCCCUCCGUCUGGGCAAAUCCUGAGGCGGGAAAAUCUGUUCACUUGUUGCAACGGGAGUGAAUCCAGGGAGGGAGCAGAUCCUGUCAACUCAGAGUAUUUGAAAAUCUGAUGACUGAAGUUUCAAAAUCAACAGUUGAAGGGCUUAUGUCCGAAACAUUGACUCUCCUGCUCCUCGGAUGCUGCCUGACCUGCUGUUUUUCCAGCGCCACAAUUUUUGACUGACUCUCCAGCCUCUGCAGUCCUCACUUUAAUGUCAAUGUCUGACAGUCGCUCAAUCCAUCGGGACCACAACAAGUUUUGACUGUGAUUUCUGUGAGAGGGAUCAAUGCUGUUUGGUUCCUGUUUGAGGACAUUUUCAGCAUCAGGUGGGAUUGGACGAGAGACCCCACUGUUGCAGUGCAAUGUGUGUGGAGCCUGAAACAGUUAUACGGCCUGGGAAGGGGAUUUCACGGCAGGGAGGGGCUCUACACAUGUUUGUGUGCAGCUGAAGCUGUGGCCAUGGAGAAAUCUGAGGAAUCCUGCCCUGUGGAGAAACCGUGGAAGUGUGGCGACUGUGGGAAAGGCUUCUGUGUCCCGUCUGCCCUGGAGACUCAUCGAUGCAGUCACACCGGGGAGAGGCCAUUCCCCUGCCCAGAGUGCAGGAAGGCCUUCAGACAUUCCUCCCACCUGCUGGCCCACCAGUGGGGCCACACGGGGGAAAAACCCAUCAGCUGCCCCGAGAGCGGGAAGGCCUUCACAUUUUUCUCUGCCCUGUUGGCCCAACGGCGGAUCCACACAGGAGAGAGGCCGUUCAGCUGCCCUGAGUGUGGGAAGGCCUUCAGGUAUUCCACCACCCUGCGGACCCACUGGCGUUUCCACGCAGGGGGAAAGGCCGUUCAGCUGCUCCGAGUGCGGGAAGGCUUUUACCAACACCUCCACCCUGCUGAGGCACCAGUGGAUCCACACUGGGGAAAGGCCCUUCAGCUGCCCUGAGUGUGGGAAGGCCUUUACCCACGUCUCUGCCCUGAUGAGGCACCACUGGAUCCACACGGGGGAGAGGCCCUUUACCUGCUCUCAGUGAGGGAAGGCCUUCAGCAGUUCCUCCAACCUGCUGAUCCACCAGCGUGUCCACACGUGGGAGAGACCGUACAUCUGCCCUCAGUGCGGAAGGCCUUCACCUGCUCCUCCAACCUGCGGAGCCACCAGCGGAUCCACACCGGGGAGAGGCCCUUCUGCUGCUCCGAAUGCGGGAAGGGCUUCACCCGCUCCUCCAACCUGCAGAGCCACCAGCGAGUUCAUGUGCCAUCGCAGGGGGAUUGAAGGAGCGACGGCUGAGUCUCAUUAUCGACAGGCGAGGUGUGGUUUCUGCACUUUCACCCUGAGCUGUUCAAAAAGCAACUACUUUUUCUCUGCCUUUUUGAAGCUGUAACAAAGUUGGGUUGCAAUAAAGGUUACCUGAACUUA